AUGGCCAGCUCAGCUUCCCUGGAGACCAUGGUGCCCCCGGCCUGCCCGCGCGCUGGAGCGUCACCAGCCACUUCUAAAACACUAGCCUUCUCCAUCGAGCGCAUCAUGGCUAAGACGUCCGAGCCCCGAGCGCCUUUUGAGCCCCGGCCUGCUGCACUAGAGGCAGACAGCAGCCAGAGCAAGAAACUGCUCAACCUCUGCUCGCCACUGCCGUGUAUGAUACCCCUCCAGCCUCUAGGCUACGAGGUGCCGUCCAAGACGCUGCUCAGUUACUCGGAGUUCUGGAAAAGCAGCCUCCGGGCGGGCGGCGGUGGAGGAGGAGGCAGCGGCGGGGGGGCCCCAGUGUGCGGCGCCAGCGGCUUGUGCAAAACCAACUGUGGCGUGUGCUGCAAGGCCGAACUGGGCCUUGCGCCGUCUGCGCUGCCGGCCGGCAGGGUCAUCAAGCCGCAGGUCAUCAACCAGGCUGUGGGGUUACCGGCCAGUGGCUCGCUCUACUACUUCAACUACCUGGACUCCACUGCUUAUCCACCCUCGGAGCUCCUCGGCAGCCACCUUUUCCCAUCCGGUCUCCUCAACGCACAGGCCCCCACUUCACUGGCUGCUCAUCCCAAGCUUUUUCUGCUGGAGAACGCCAAACUGGCCAGCCUGACUGCGGACAAGUUCCCCCAUCCAGCUCCCUAUCCCCAUAAGGAACGCUUGCCUGCGCCGCUGGAGCAGGUGCUGAAGGAGAACUCGGCCUUGACCGCUGAUCGAGGGGGAGUCAAGAGCCACAGCAAACUACCGGGGGGCUCAGCUGACAGCAAACCCAAAAACUUCACCUGUGAAGUAUGCGGCAAGGUGUUUAAUGCUCACUAUAACCUCACCCGCCACAUGCCUGUCCACACCGGAGCCAGACCGUUUGUGUGUAAAGUCUGUGGCAAAGGCUUCCGCCAGGCUAGCACUCUCUGCAGGCACAAAAUCAUCCACACCCAGGAAAAACCACAUAAGUGUAACCAAUGCGGCAAAGCCUUCAAUCGCAGCUCCACGCUCAACACGCACAUCCGCAUCCACGCAGGCUACAAACCCUUCGUCUGCGAAUUUUGCGGCAAAGGCUUUCACCAAAAAGGGAACUACAAGAACCACAAGCUCACCCACAGCGGCGAGAAGCAGUACAAAUGCACCAUCUGCAACAAGGCCUUCCACCAGGUCUACAACCUGACCUUCCACAUGCACACCCACAACGACAAGAAGCCUUUCACGUGCGCCACUUGCGGCAAAGGCUUUUGCAGAAACUUUGACUUAAAGAAACACGUGCGGAAACUCCAUGACAGCGUGGGUCCCGCCACUGCCCCCUCUGCAAAGGACCUGACCAGGACAGUUCAGAGCUGA